CGACAAGUUCUAUUCCUUUUAACUAUAACUAAUACUACUUAUAGUACAUUUUACUAAUUCGGGGUUAAGUCUAUGUCUACUUUCAAUACUACGACAAACCUCACCGAUACGGUAAACCGGGCGUUUGUAGAAACCGACCCCGAUGAGGACUGGUUCUUAAUCCGAUUCGUGUCGGCCUUUUUAGAAGCCAUAUGGGAACAGAAGAAUACUUCUAAUAAUAAUUAUCUGUGGAAUAGAUUUGGAGGUAUUACUACUUAUUGUUGUUCCAUCUAUGGAUUAUCAUGUUUAGUAAUGGCCCUUAUCUUAAAUCGUACAUUAGUAAUGGCAUCAACUAAUUCUCAUCAUACUCAACAAAUGGCUAUAAAUAGGAAUAGAGGUAUAGCAAGUAUACCAAAACUGGCAGAAAUUUUAAAAAAAUUAAGUAUAUUAAGUUUUAGGAUUGGAGUUAUUGGUUUAUUACUUUAUAAUGCUUAUAAUGUAUUAGUAACUCUUAAUUUAUUAUCUCAUAUUGGAUUACUGGAUGAUCCACUUCCAUGGUUUUAUAAAUUAUUACCUGAUAAAUUAUUUAGUUAUGAUGUAACAUAUUUUGCAACUAAUAAGUAUAUGAAAACUCCUACAACUCAAGUAAUGAUUGGUCCAACUAGUGAUAUGUAUUGGCCAAUCUUUUUAAAUUUUUGUUUACUGAGUUUUACUGAAACUUUUAUAUCCCUGAUUCAAGGUAGGAAACCUUAUACAGAAAGUGGAAUUACAAUAUUUGAACAUUCAUUAGCAUUUCAAGAAUUUAGUUCAAGUGGAGCAUUCUUCUUUGGUAAUUCUAAAUUUUUAAAACGUCCAACUGAACAAGUUUUAUUGGCCACAUUAUUUCUGAUAUUUAAUCAUUUAAAUAUUCAUGUCGGAGCAUUAUUAAAUGAUAAUAAGUAUAGAUUAAUUCCUCUGUCAAUUAUUGGAAUAACUUUCUUAACUUAUUUCAUCUCAACUUUAUUUAAUUGGAAAAUUAUUGGAUUCCCAACCAUUUUAAUUUUAACAUUUAUACCUCAAGUAUUAAUAUUAAUUAUUAUAGCUAUAAGUACAAUUAUUUUUAUAGCUGCAGUUAUAACUAAUGGUUUUAGUUUACAAGAUUUAAAUUAUGCAAGUUUCUUUAUUCAUGAAACAAAUGAAGAUGAACCAGAUUUUGCAUCUAGAAAUUUUAAUGUUCAUUUAUAUGAUGACUUUUAUACUGCUUUAUUAAAUAUUGGAAUGUUAGCUAUAACUCUGGCUGGUAAAUCAAGUUAUAUAACAGAAUUAAGUCUUGUAACUUUAGAUGAUCAAACAUGGAUUGAAAGAAGUAUUUGGGAAAAAGUUAAAUAUAAUUUCAAUAGACAUUCAUCAUCUAAUCCUGAUUUACGUUCAUUAUUACAAAAAAAGGCGUAUGAUAAUUUAAUAACACUGCCAUCACAAAAAUUAAUUAAAGGAGGUUAUGAUGAUGGUAAUAAUGAACAAGAUGAUAAUAAAAAAUCUAAAAGUGUAUUCAGAAAGAGAUAUCAUUAUGUAAAUCAAAUGAUAAGUCAUACUUUUGAAGUAUUAUGGGGAGUUAUUAUAAAUCGAAUCUUAAGGGAAUUAAUUCCUACAGCAUUUAAGAAAUAUAUAUUGAAAAGACCUAUAAAAACUCCUGAUCUUAAUGUGAGAGAAUCAGAAUUAGAAUAUGAAAGAAGAAAACAUAAAGUUCCUUCCUUUUUAAGAAGUUUAGUUAAGAGACGUGAUAAGCAAGUUGAUCCUAUAUCAUUAGAAUUAUAUAGUGAGGAAAAGCUCGAAAAUGAAUAUGGGAAUAUUUUGCAACAAGAGUAUUUGCCGGAAUUGGAUAGUUCACCGGAUUAUGUUCCGAUAGAUGAGGUAUACAGUGAACUGGAAGUUGAAAUUGAAGAUAGUGAGCUGGAAAUUGAACAAAUCGAUACUCAUAUGUCUAUUCUUCGAAAUAGAAUAGUUCCCACUCAUUCCGAUACUUUAACCCCUAUUCAAGAACUAUUUACGAGUGAAGAAUUUAAUGAGAUAAUGGCCAAUUCCGAGCAGGUCAGUAUUAUGCAGUUCCACAUGAGCAAUUCCGAGGGUGGAAUUGUAACCAGAUCAAGAUACAACCACAACCACAACCAUAAGCAUCAAAAUAUCAAUAACAAUAACAAUAACAACACUAACCAAUUAGGCAAUGACGAAUCGCUCAAGCUCUUGGAACUCAUAAUAGCCAAACGAGCCCAUAUUAAUCCCGACACCUUUUAUGAUGAUCGGGCCUCGGAAUUAGCGUCGCGCCUCGACUGUGUCAUAUGCCAAACCAACACGCGAGAAAUCAUUACCUGGCCCUGUAAAUGUUUUGCUAUUUGUGAAUCAUGUCGUCUCAGUUUAGUGAGUAAAGGUAUAGAGGGAUGUGUAUGUUGUCGUAGACAAGUAGAGGGAGUAUCUAAGGUAUUUAUACCCUAGUAAGUAGUAAAGUAUUAAUUUAAUAUAUUAUGUCAGGUAUUAUGUAAGCGAGAGGGUUAUAUGCAGUACUAUAUAAUACUUUUACUAUUGUAAUGUAUUGAGCGCUACCAUGCAUGCUCACAGCAGCUUCCCUUUCUCCUACACACGUCCCCUAUUUAUUUUCGCCAGUCUU